AUGGGAUCGGCUAGCAAUUACUCCGUCUUCGAUGCCGCCGAGUACGUCGAGCCCGACGGCAUCUUCGACGUCCUGCGCCGGUAUGCAGCAGACCCCUCCUUAGAAAAGGUCAACGUCUCGGCUGGCGCAUACCGCGAUGGGGAGGGCAAACCCUGGUUCCUACCCUCGGUGCAGAUGGCCAAGAAGAAGAUUGCCGGUUCAGACCACGAGUACUCGCCAAUGAUGGGCUUUAGACCGUUCAGGGACGCCUGCUACGAGCUGCUGCUGCAUGACACAAGCGCACUGGCAGAGGGAAGGGUAGCAGGCGUUCAAUCACUCUCUGGAACGGGCGCCCUUCUCCUGGCCGGUAUGACACUGCACAAGGCAAACGCAGGCAUCAAGACCGUCUACCUGACCACACCCACAUGGCCGAAUCACGAGCUCCUCUUCGAGACCAUGGGCUUCACCGUCAAGUGGCUGCCCUAUUACAACACCAAGACCCGCGCCCUCGACGAGGACGCCUUCGUCGAAGCCCUGAACGCCGCCGAGCCCAACUCGGCCGUCAUCUUCCACGCCUGCGCCCACAACCCCACCGGCUGCGACCCGUCGCGCGACGGGUGGCGGCAGAUCGCCACGGCCGUGCGCGCGCGCAACCUCUUCCCCGUCUUCGACUCGGCCUACCUGGGCUUCAACUCGGGCAGCGUGGACGAGGACGCCUGGGCGAUCCGGUACUUUGUCGACGAGCUGCGCAUGGAGGCCGCCGUGUGCACCUCCUUCUCGAAGAACAUGGGCCUGUACGGCGAGCGCGUCGGUACCGUCACCUUCGUCACGGCGUCGCGCGACGCAGCCGCCACCGUCCAGAGCAUCCUCGAGAACGCCCAGCGCGCCACCAUCAGCACCCCGCCUCUGUACGGCGCCCGCAUCGCACAGGCCGUGCUCACCACCCCCGAGAUCAGGGCUCAGUGGGCCGAGGAUCUCGUCACUAUGAGCGGCAGGAUCCUGGCCAUGCGGAGGAAGCUGUUCGAGGAGCUGGUCAAGCUCGGGGCACCCGGCGACUGGAGCCAUAUUGUCAAGCAGUCGGGCAUGUUUGGAUUCUUGGGGCUGAACCCGGCGCAGGUUGCCCACCUUGAGACGGAACACCACGUCUACAUGGCGAGCAGCUCACGCAUAUCGAUUGCCGGACUGAACGAUGGGAACGUUGAGUACUUCGCCAAGGCGCUGGAUGCCACUGUGCGGACCAUUGCAUAG